AUGACAUCGGUGGAUCUGUCCACAUUCAGCAACUACAUGGAGGAUUUGGCCGAAGACGCUGCGAGGUUGACUCUCCUGAAGUGUGCGGGACCAGUAAGGGAAGGCCUACGAAGGGCUACGUCCACACGUAUGAUGGAAAAGGGUUACAUCUACAAGGCGACGUUUGCUGAACUUUCUGACAGUAAUUCGAAGCGAAUUUGGUACCUUACGUUGGGAGUGGAUACCAAUCCGAAGAAGCCAGGGAAGGUGCACAUCAUCUGGGACGCCGCUGCUAAGAUACAAGGUACGACCCUAAAUGACAUGUUACUGAAAGGGUUGGACGAGUUGGUUUCUUUGCCAGGGGUGCUGUUCCGGUUCCGAACGUACGGGAUAGCGUUGUGCGUGGACGUCAAGGAAAUGUUCCUGCAAAUACGCAUGCGCGACGAAGACGAGCAAGCGCAGCGGUUCCUGUGGGAGAAAGAUCCUGCUGACGUCAUCACAACGUAUUUCGUGGACGUCGUUACCUUUGGGUCAGCCUGCUUCCCAGCCACCGCACAAUACGUAAAAAACCGGAAAGCCAGGGAACAUGCCGAGAAAUACUCUCGUGCCGUACGUGGAAUCUUGACCAGCACGUAUGUCGCAAACUAUUUGGGUAGCUUUGGAACACUCGAAGAAGCCAGUCGAGUUUCGAGAGAAGUAAUGGGAAUUUUCUCGAAGGGCGGGUUCGUCCUUCGGAACUGGGUUUCCAACAAUCCGGUUGUUUUGGAUCGGCUGAGCGGUGAAAGCUCCAGUCCCGGUAUGAAGAGUUUGACGUCUACGGCGGAUGAUGGAGAACGUGUGCUCGGAUUGCGGUGGAACCCGAGUUCGGACCAAUAG